UUAAGUUGUAACUCAAGACGUGUGAUGGCUUCACAAUCAGUCAAUCACGGUGUGUCUGUUGCCGUUGCUAUUUUAAAUAGAACUCUUUAGGGUAUAGGUAUUCGUUCAUCUACCGUCAUGCCUCCGACGGAACCAGCGCCAGCACCGGAGCCAGCCGCUCCUGCUUCAACGGGCAUAAAUGCUGUUUUAUUGGGGCCGCCAGGCUCCGGUAAGGGAACACAGGCCCCCAAGCUGAAAGAUCGCUACUGUGUUUGCCAUUUAGCUACAGGUGAUUUACUUCGUGCUGAGGUAGCAUCAGGCUCUGAUCUAGGACAGCAGCUUAAAAAAAUUAUGGAUGCAGGAAAACUUGUUGGUGAUGAAUUAGUAGUGGGAAUGAUUGAGAGUAAUUUAAACAAACCUGAAUGUAAAAAUGGGUUCAUCCUUGAUGGAUUUCCAAGAACAGUUGUCCAGGCUGAAAAGCUGGAUGACAUGCUUGAGAGUAGAAAUCAGAAGCUUGAUUCAGUGGUAGAAUUCAGUAUUGAGGACAGCCUUUUAGUUAGGAGGAUCACUGGCAGGCUGUUUCACCCUGCUUCUGGUCGUUCAUAUCAUGAGGAAUUUUAUCCCCCUAAAACACCAAUGACAGAUGAUGUAACUGGUGAACCUUUGAUUAGGAGGUCUGAUGAUAAUCCUGAAACCCUGAUGAGACGGCUUGCUGCUUAUCAUAAGCAGACGGCACCUCUUGUUGAUUAUUAUGCCAGAAAAGAAGACAGAAGGUAUGGGAGAGGCCCUACCAACAAAUAUGAACGACAAAAGAGGCGAGGUCUGCACUGUGCCGUUGAUGCUUCUCGCCCAGCUGCUGAGGUUUUCAGUACUAUAGAUACAAUUUUCCAGAAUGCUAAGAGUAAGGACAUAGUGCUGUUUAUAUAAGGACCAGAAUUUGUCAGCAGCCUAGGUUCCAAAUAGUAACAACUUGUUCAAGCUAAUGGAGUGAUCCCUAAGGUUCCUGAGACAACCAGCAAAUUAGACUGCCAUUUGAAAGUCAUUUUCAAGGUUAGAAUUUGAAACAGGACGGAGUGGUUGCUUCAGUGCGACUACCCUCAACCAGCAGAAGUAACUGCCAGUGUUGUUUAUGAUGAUUACUCUGGUUUGUACAAAUCAAAAACAACUUUGUUAGGAUUUAAGGUACCCUUAUAAUUUUUUGAAAUUAAUAAAAAUUAUCAUUGUACUUUUUAAAUUAGAUAUUAUGAAACUAACUUGUCAAAAAGCUUAAGUUAAUGGAUUUGUACUAUACAGUAUUUAACUUAUAUGAUAAAGAAAGUUUUCGUUGUUUUAGACGUUUUGUCUUGUUACAGUAUUAGACAUUGCUGCAUAAUCAGAGGCUAGGCAUGAAGCGGAAACUUGAGAGGCAGUUGAAAGUGUUAACUUGUUAAUUAAUCUAGACACUAUCGCUAGUCCUCCUUGUGACAAGUUUUAGCAUCCCACUACCUCUCUCUGUAUUAAGCUAUGACUUGUUCUGAGACGUUUCCCUCUUUAUCUAGCUAUUUAUUGGCUUUAAAUGGCUUAUUUGCUAGAUUGUAUAUAGGAAUUUUAACAAUAUUAGAGAUUUUAUAAUCACAAUAUUAUUUUAAGGGACUUUAUUCCAGUCAGCAUUGGAUUUUAUUUUGCUUUUAUAUUUGUCAUGUAUAUUUUCUUGCAAAGCUAGGCCUUUUUGAAUUUAUCCUUGCUUAAGUCAUUUAGAUCCAGCUGAUAUAAAUCAACAUGUCUCGCGAGGAAGACUGAUAUCAAUUGACAGUCGUCUCUGAAGAUGUGGUGAUGUAGAUAGAUUGAGGGGCUACUGGGGAGUUCUAGUAUUAAUUAUACCUGUGUUUUUUUAAUAAUACAUGUCAGUGUGUGUACAGGGUCUUUAUAUCAGCUAGAUCUUUGUCACACCUAAUGUUCUAAAAAUGGUCUAGUUAUUCCUUUUGUUUUCAUAAGUAUGGCCAGGUUUGUCUUGGUGAAUUUUUGUGGAUAUAGUUGUAGCGUUGCAUGACAUGGUAUGGGGAAAGUGACACGAUGGUUGUCCUAGUGAAUUCAAGUGGUAUCUUUGUAAUGGAAUAGCACUGUGUGCUUAGGGUGUAAUGGUAAAUAAAAAAAGUUAUUCUGUA